AGAGAGAGAAAGUAAAAAAGACAAAGGUUUUUUAGAGAGAGAAAACUGAUGGUAACUGAACUAUUUUGCCCUAAAAAGGCUCACCUUCUCAUAAAAUUCCAUAUUCCAUUUAGGAAGAGAACAACAACAAUUCACUAAACAACAAAAAGCAGCUCCUCCUCUCGCCACGUUACGACAACGUAGCCAUGAACGCUCUUUCAUAACUCAGAGCUUGGCUUUUAAUUGAAUCUAUUGACUAUUUUCUUUCUUUCUUUCUCUCUGUCACUGAACCAGAGAAGACCCAGAAAACCUAGAAAAGUCUUUAUAUGCAUAGAGGGAUUGAACCGGCAAUCUUUGGAACUGUCUUCGGAUUCCAUGUGGGUUUUUGAUCAAUUACAAAACCCAGUAAGGAAUUUCUUGUUCUUGGUUUGCUUAGCUAGUUUUUGAAUACUGUAUUCGUCCUCUGUAAAUUGGGGCUGAAUUGAUCUUGUAUUUGGGUACCUCUUGAGCCUUUUCUUUUUGAGGGGUUAUGUAUCUGUUCAGUUUUUUCUAGAUCGGCUAUUGUGCACCAUUGGAUCAUCACCAGUAACAUCAUCACCUUUCCAUUUUUCCCCCAUUAUGUCACUCUCAACAGGCAUAGAGUCACCUUAUCCCUGGCUUGGAGAGUUAAAGUCUGAGGAGAGGGGAUUGUAUUUGAUCCAUUUAUUGCUCACUUGUGCAAAUCAUGUCGCUGCUGGUAACCUUGAAAAUGCAGAGAUUGCCCUUGGGCAGAUCUCGCAACUAGCCUCUGCAGAUGGUGAUACCAUGCAGCGUAUUGCUGCUUAUUUUACCGAGGCACUUGCUCAUAGGGUCAUCAAAUCUUUGCCUGGUGUCUACAGGGCCCUUAAUGCUACUAAAAUAACUUUGGUUUCUGAGGAAAUUCUAGUUCGCAAAUUGUUUUUCGAGAUGUUACCUUUCUUGAAAGUGGCUUUUGUGCUUACAAACCAAGCUAUAAUUGAAGCCAUGGAAGGGGAGAAGAUGGUUCAUAUAAUUGAUCUUGAUGCAGCUGAACCCGCACAGUGGCUUGCGCUUCUUCAAGCUUUAAGUGCAAGGCCUGAGGGACCUCCCCAUUUGAGAAUUACAGGGAUUCAUCAACAGAAAGAGGUACUGGAUCAAAUGGCUCAUAAACUGAUUGAAGAAGCAGAAAGGUUGGAUAUUCCAUUUCAGUUCAAUCCCAUUGUUAGCAAAUUAGAGAAUCUUGAUAUUGAAAAGUUGCGUGUUAAAACUGGGGAGGCUCUAGCAAUUUGCUCAGUUCUCCAAUUGCAUCCUUUUCUGGCUUCGGAUGAUGAAUUGAGGAAGAGAUCUCCAGUGCCGUUGAAGAAUUCAAAUGGAAUUCACUUGCUAAGAGUCCUCCAAAUGAACCAAGGUACAUUUGGGGAGUUGCUUGAGAAAGAUAUGGUAAAUGGAUAUAGCCCAAGUCCUGACUCUACCUCAUCAUCGCCACUAUCUUCAACUGCUUCAGUGAAGAUGGAUUACUUUCUCAACAUGCUUUGGAGUUUGUCACCAAAGCUCAUGGUUGUAAUGGAGCAAGAUUCUAAUCAUAACGGGUCGACUCUCAUGGAGAGGCUAUUGGAGGCAUUGUACUCUUACGCAGCAUUGUUUGAUUGUUUGGAAUCCACUGUAUCAAGAACAUCCAUGGAGAGACUCAAGAUGGAGAAGAUGCUGUUUGGGGAGGAAAUAAAGAACAUUGUAGCAUGUGAGGGAGCUGAGAGAAAGGAAAGACAUGAAAAACUCGAGAAGUGGAUUCAGAGGCUUGAUUUGGCUGGGUUUGGACUUGUGCAUUUGAGCUACUACGGUAUGUUGCAGGCAAGGAGGUUGUUGCAAGGAUAUGGUUGUGAUGGUUACAGAAUUAAGGAAGAAAAUGGGUGUGUUGUAAUUUGCUGGCAAGAUCGGCCUCUUUUUUCUGUAUCAGCAUGGAGGUGUAGAAAGUAACAGCUAAACAUUCAUCACAAAGUGUUCAGAGUUUUAUGGAAGAGUUUUGUUCAUCUGCAAAUCUAUACUUUUAGAAUGAUUUGAAGGCCUCUUCAUGCACAUAUCUGCUCCUGACAUAUUUUAUUCAUAUCAUUUUACUUCUGAUCAAAAUUGAAACUCUAGUGCUGAUCUUUGUUAAGGCUUGUGCUUUCCACAACGUUUGGUCUCUGGAUGAAGUCCAAUGGACCUCCUUGAUUUCUAGGCAUGAAUUUUGUCAAUGUUAUAUGAUGAUUAAUCUGAAACUUGGAGAACAAUCUUUUUCAUGUAGCUUGAUUUUUUACCGUUGGAAGUGGCUAACUAGCAAAUUAAUCAUCCUUGCAAUAUAAGUUUCUCGAGUGUAUAUUGAUAUUGCAAACCAAUUUGGAUUAUUGAUUUUCUGUUUGUUCCUA